UUAAUGUCUGGAGAGUGUGCUGCAUUCCUUGGCGUCUGCUGUGCUGCUCUGUACUGUUCCUUUAUUAUAAACUUCCAUUGUAUUGUAAAUUUGCAUGUUUUAACUUCAGAAAUUGAAAUGGUGUUUUCUUGGACAAGAGUCAAGCCUGUUUAUGGGUCAAAUAUACCAUGGCAACUAACAACAGCAGGACAUCAUGACGUUUGGCGAUACCUGCACGACAAAACCUUACUUCUCGGUUCCUACCCAGAAGACCAAUACAUAUUUGAAGCGGAGAAUCAAGUGGAGCAGGUUCCUCCAUUCGCCUGUAGCUUCUCUAAGAUGACGGCAAAUUCUCAUCUUCUUGCUGUGGUUGAUGAAGAUGGGUUUGUUACCCUUAUUGAUACCUCUCAAGCUGCCAAAGUUGUCAAAGUUUUUCGAGCGCACAGGAACGCAGUGUUUGAUGUGGCCUGGGCUGAUGGCAAGAACCAUUUAGUGACUGCAUCAGGGGAUCAGAUGGCAGUCCUGUGGGAUGUAGCGACAGGUAAAGCCCUCGGCGUCUUCAUGGGGCACAGCUGCAGCUUGAAGUCGGUGUGUUUCCGUCCUGGAGAUUGUCACGUCUUUGCUACAGGGGCCAGGGAUGGCAACAUCUUAGUGUGGGACACCAGGUGUAAUAACAGAGGAGGUAGCAGUGUUUCUCAUCACACUGCAGUGAACAUUAUAAAAGAAGCCCAUGCUGAAGUAGCCAAGCAGAGAAAUAUUCCAACUAGAAAACGCAGCCGACUGUCUCCCUCUGUCCUGGUCAGGGGUGACAGCUUGUCCAGUGUCACGGUCGUUAACUUUCAGGACGAUAUGUCACUGUUUUCAGCUGGAGCAACAGAUAGUACAAUCAAGGUCUGGGAUUUGAGAAAAUACAACAAAGGAAUGAAGCGAGCUCCAAGCCCAUGCCUGGUUUAUCCUUAUGCAGGAACGAGCAACAAAAAUGGAGGUUUUUCAAGUCUUGUGUUCAACUCCACGAGAAGCGAGUUCUACGCCAGCUGCAUGGAUGACAUCAUCUAUCGUCACAGUACCCUAGGGCUACAGACGCAGCCAAUAGCAACUUAUUCUGGCCAUCAAAACUCAUCGUUUUAUGUCAAGAGCGCCCUCUCGCGAGAUGACGGUCUCCUGCUGAGUGGGUCCGGUGACGGGAAGGCUUACAUUUGGAAUGUCCAUCAACCACACUGUCCACCUGUCACCCUUUGUGGUCAUGAAGAUGAGGUUACUAUGGUUACAUGGGCAAAGGAUGAUUUCCCAAAGGCUGUGACUGGUGCUGACGACGCUUCCGUUCGAAUCUGGAGAUUACUCAAAUCUGAUGAUUCAACCUCUUCCAAUGGAGCUCCAAAUCGACUCAUUGGACAUGCAGAACAAUCAAAACUAAAAAUCCAAAUGAAAGAAAACCUACCACCAGCUAAGAGCAAUGAACCUCCUACUAGACAGGGCACACCCCCUCCUCAGACCAGAGUGAAGUCAAAUAAAGAAGAAUUCAGAUCAGCGUCUGCUCCAUCAUCUCCAGUAACUCCCAACCCCCCACAGAGAAGACAUUCUUCAAUAUCAGAUUGGCUCAAGAAUAGCCCUAAAUCUAGCCCAAGAUCACCGGUCACUAAAAGCUCUCAAACCCUAACUAAAUUUGUAACGCUGAAACCAUUAUCACAGAUGACCCAUGAACGAACCCAAGUGGGGACCCUAGAAAGAAUCGUAGGACCAAGUGUCGCUCAAAGCACAAGUCGAAACAGAAUUGUAGGUGCUAGUGUUGCAAAACAAACUAUCGUCAAGAAUGACGCUAAAGUAACUUCAGGUCGUGGUACUAAGGAAAAUUCAUCCAGAAAUGAAAACAGCUCAACUCUGAACAAAGAUAGUUCGAUUAGGAAAGACCACAUGCCUACAGAAGGUGCAGAAGUUGUGAGCCGAAAGAAAACAAUCAUUUUGGCAGAAAAAUCUUCAAAUAAGAGCACUGUGGAAACUCAUGAAACCCCAGAGACUUCACAAGAGAAACAAAGUGGAACCUCAGAUCCGCUUCAGGAGACGGACAGCCACAAUGAGCCACUAUUGAAAAUGUCAAGAAAGAAUCAACUACAUUGCCAAAGUUCCACACUCCAGCAUCGAACUGCCAACUCGUUCACAGAUCAGAGCUUACUAAAAACUUUGUGCCAAGAACAAUCUCAACUUCAAGUCUCAGCUCACAAAUGCAAAAUCGAGAGAAAACAAUCGGUUCAAACUUCAUCUCCAGUAACUUCAACCCUCUCAAUUCAAGAUGGUGGUACUUCACCGAGAUCCGGCAAGAGGAAAGUCCUUGAGUUGGAGACUAACAAAGUGAAGAAGGCUAGAACAGUUGGGAGAGGCAGGGACUUUCUUACAAGCCACGCUCAGCAUCAGUUAUGCACGUGCAGUUGCUCUGGAAAUCAUAGACACCCUACUGGUAAUGUAACGGCAAGCAACAUUACUGUAUCAGAGAGUGACAUUGUGGCUGGGCAAACUGUUGGAGUGAGUAGUUCGCCAGAGGGGACAGGCUUUGGGAAACAAACACCAAAGACCACAGACUGCAACAACUCGACUAAGAAUAUCUGUUUCUACUUCCGGCCACAUGCUAGAGAGGUUAGGCGAUCCUAUUCAGACAGUAGUGUGUUAUCCAAGGGAUCGACGGUCAACUCUGGAUGAGCAAAAAAUAAGUUGAAUUGUAGAGGAUUUAACAAAUUUCCAAGUCAGCUUCCCUGGUAUUUGAAAUAAGUUGCCUCGCGUUAAGGCCUUCCCUCGGCUGCCAUUUCCCAGGUUGUAUUGUAAACUUGGGUGUGAUCUGUGGCUACACAGCAGUGAAUG